CUUCGUAACUAGUUACUGAAAUCGAUUACGUUAAAUCACGCCCAACGCUAGUGCGUCUUGUUAUUUCCUUGUGUUUUCGAUUUUCCGUGCUUUCCGACUGCUUCUGUUUAUUGACUCUGAGAUUCCACUCCCUGUGUGACUACUGCUUGCCAAAGGACACUGAUCAUCUGCCUUAACGAAGACUACUUGCUGUGUUUUAUAUGGACUACGAUUCUUUGUGUUACCCACUUUGGAUUUUGUUGUGCAUCGAUUUGUUGUUGUUUGCUAUGGGUAGUCGUGUGAAGCCUACGCGCAUCAUGUGCGUUAAUUGCCGCCUAUGUGUCAAUAAAUUGCGUCGAUACACUGCAUUGGCACUUGACACGAGGGUCACUGCUAUUAUAUGCAGCUGGGUUUAUCCUCAAAUUAUUCUGGAAGAUGACUAUGUGUGUGAGCCUUGCAGAGAUCUUGCAAUAGCUGCAGUAAACAAUAAUUUACAAAAUGAAGUUCCUGGUAAUUUAGAAGCCGGCUCAAGUACUAGUAGAGGUCAUAGAAAUGUAUGUCUUCUAUGUGGUUGCUCAAUUUUGCGAAGACAGAGCGAUAAAAUAUUGAAAGAAAGCCCUAAUGAAAUGCAGCAAACUAUAAUUACUAUUAUAGCAAGCAAAUUAGCACCUCGAGAGAUAACUCCUUCAGAUCGGGUAUGCCAUGCUUGCUGGCUACGUACAAAAAGAGAGGCGGUUCGAAUGAAUAAUCAAGAUGAGAACAGGCAGCCAUUGAUUGAAAUUACUGACAAUGAACAACAGAAACAAAGUCGGCCAGCUCCAGCUGAGAUACCACAGUCUGAGUUAACAUCGACGGUGGAAACACAAAGAAUUGUGCUGCCAGAUUACAGACGAGCAGCCAAUUCUACACAUACUUGUGUUUUUCCAAAUUGCAGCAGUAACACAUUGCAUAAUAUAUCAGACAAAUUACGAGCCACUAUAUUGCAUAACCAUAAGUAUUAUUUGCCAAAGUUAGCUCGUGUUUGCAGUGAACAUUUAAGUAUUAAUUUAUGGCAUACUUUAUAUGACUCUGAAAACAGUAUUCAGACAUUUACUGUUGACCAAAUACAACAUGUUUUUUCAUUUGUUAAUCAAUUUAACCCUUCUCUUGAUUUUGAAAGUUUACAAGAUAUGGAUGAAAGAUUAUUCCAGUACUGGAUUGGAUUAACAAAAAUAAAAUUCAAUAAUUUGAUUGAGGAAGUACCACAUAUUUAGCAGCCUAGCAGCCCCACUGAUAAAGCUGAGAACAGGUGAUUCCGAUGAGAGGAUCUCAUCUUUGGUGCAAAUACCACGUCGUACAUUGGAGGGUCUAAUGGAUAAUAAUGUAAGGGAGAUUUUGUGCCAAGACUUUGUAUCCAGAAAUCUGGGUAUUAAUGUAUUGUCUCGGGCUGAAUUAUUAGAGCAUAAUUUAAUAAUUCCUAAUGGUUUAUUUGGCAGUGAUAAUAAUGCCAUUGUCAUAUGUGAUGGCUCAUAUAUUUAUACAA